UCACCUGAGGAAAUUCAGCUGGUUUGUUUAUAGAGAAGUAAGAUAGAUUGGAUAACAGCCUGUCCCACAGGCCUCAGCUUGGGCUGUUUGUUGGGUGCUUCCCUCUCCUCAGAAGCUGAGGUUCUGUGCUGCUGUUGAUACGAUGCACUUAAACAAACCUGUAUGUUAAUGGAAGAGCUGUUAAAAAUUUUUGUUAGAUGUUUGUGCUCUGUUUGGGUGUCAGAUUCAUGGCAAGAUGUGGCUAAUGCUCUAAUCCUCUGAGCAUCCCAAUGUGUGCCCAAAUCCCACUGCAUGGAUGGCUUUGUUAGGAUAAAUCACAUGCUGUGGGCCAUUUCAAAAGAUGGAAUAUUGCAGUGCAGCAACUUUAAAGAAUUGGGAUUUUCAACUCCAAGUGCAGUUAUAUAAUUAAUAAGCAGUAGGGCAUUGUGACACUAUGUAAAAGAGGAGGGAAUCAAAGGUCAGUUUGUACAAUGUGGUUUACUAAUGUUGAUAGUUCAUCUCAUCUUUUUCCGAGAUGCUUAAUGUUGAACUUCUGUCACCUCUCUGUCAAGAAGACUGUAUUUUGGUCAAGAAUAUCAAAGUCAUCACUGCUUUGCCACUCACGAAGCAGCUCCAGCUCUAAGCCAGGAGGAAGAUCUGAACCUGCUAAGCAGCCACUAAGGAAACCAAAGUUACCAGUGGGGAGGUUUGAUGAACCAGAAGAGUCCAGUAUGGAGAAGGAACCCCUGGAAAAAUUCCCUGAUGGAAUCAAUCCUACUACAAAAGAGAGGGGUGGACCCAGAGGGCCUGAACCUACGCGUUUUGGAGACUGGGAAAGAAAAGGACGUUGUAUAGAUUUCUAGUAUUUAAAUGUCUGUAUUGCUAAUAAAAUAUUUGAGGUUGCUAAAAAAUAUAAUGUACAGAAAAAAGUCUCACCUGGAUUUGUCGUGGAGCUUAUUGUUUCUGUCAUGCCACCACAUUCUGUCAUGUGAUGAAUUUUCUUAAUAAUGCAGUGUAAUUAAACGCAGUGCUGCAGCUCAGAUUAUGGAGCUGUUAGUGGCUCAAUGUCUGCCUGAUCUUUAAUACUAUUUACACUGUGCAAUUAUAAAUGCAAAUGUAGUGGUGUGAAAUUGGUAGUCAGGAGCUUAUUGAGAUGUAUAAGGACUUGUAUUUCUUAAUGUAUGUAAAGAUUUAUGUGGUGUUGUAAAAGUGUUGAAAGAACUUCGCAUUUCAUGAACCUGAACACCAUUCGUCAAAGGUAGAACCAACUCUGAGAUCAGUGGGUCCCUGAUUUCAUACAGUGGCUCCCUGGUAAAAAAAAGCCUCUUUACUCAAGAACCUUCUCUCUGUCCCUAUUGCAGUGGGUUGGGUGUUUUUUCCUAUUUGUAGGGAAGGGACAGUCUUGUCUCUGAAUGAGGACUGUAAGUAGCACAAUGGAAAUGGAGACUUAAAUUUUGGAGAGGGUCAGUUCUUGAUUGUUGAGGUGCUCUAUUUGCAAUUCUAGAACACUGUCCUUUAUCACCUGUCUUCUUCAUGCUACUUGCAUUAUCUUUUCUUUUGUAAGUGGAGGUGCCCUUUUGCACAUGGGCUAAAUGCUGCUUGGGAAAAAUACAGCAUUACUGUCUGAAACCUUGUGGUCAAAGGGGACAAAUUCCAUUAGGUCAUCUAAUAUUGCAGGUGUUAAAACUAAGUUAUCUGGCAUCAAACUAAAUAUCUUUCAGUCAGACUGAGCUUGGUUCUUGAUUCAAGAAUUUGUCUAGUCGUAAGUACUGUAGUGGAGUAGUAGUAGAGUGCAAAUCUACCACGUGUGGUUACUUACUAAUGAGAGUAAGUUGUCAUUAUUGAAAUGUGAACAUGUGCUCUAUUUCUGUGCAAGUUCUUUUUGAUAGCCUGAGCAAAUGGAUUUUGUCUAGUCACAGAAUCAUAAAAAAGGUGCAGGCUUUGCCCAGCUUUGCCUUUGCAUGGUUUAACUUAACUCAAACAUUAAAGUGUGUUGGUCUUGUCAGAAAUCUGAGCAGCCUCCCCUAAGCUCACUUGACUGGCAGCCAGUGGGGGGGGCUCCUUGUUGAAAUCUGACAGUUUGUGUAUCCCGUGUGUAUGUUAGAGACAUUGUCUUGCUCUAGUUGUGAGUUUGGAUGUUUGUCUCGCUGUGAUGAUUCCCUACAAAAAUACUGAACCUAUUCAGUUAUAGGUUUCUACCAAAUACCUCACUGACACGAAAAAUGAGAUUGAUGAAAGCCUGUUUCUCAUAAAAGGUGUUAAUUAGUGGUAAUUUGGAACCUUUAAAUUCUGCAGCAUGGCUUGGAUAUUGGAAAAUUGGCUUGUAUUUAUAUGUGAUUCAUUCUGAUUUCCCUUCUGUAUAGUGACAGAUAUUUUCAAAAUCUGUUGACAUUUUCAAUUACCUAAAGAUAGGCUGGGUCAGCUGUCUUUAAUUUGUUAAUUAUUUCUAGUCAUGUUUUGCCUUUUUAGUUGCUGGUAUAUUGGAAAAUACUUUCUCACACAACACAUCACCUUUUCAAAUAGGAAGUGGAAAUUUUAGUUGGAAGCUUGUGCCUUUUCUGCAUCAUUAUUAAUAGGCUUAAUAUCUUAAUUGGUAAAGAAGCAGUAAAAUACUGCAGUUAUUUUAUUUUUUAAUUCUUAGUCUUCUUCAUGGAUUGUUGCAUUACUUCAUUAUCUUCUCAUACCAGGUUUUACCCUUCCCAGCACACACUCCAUGCAUGUUUACGUAGUUGCACUUCUUGGCAUUCCUGAUUUUCAAAUCUAAUUAGUUUCCUCAGUUCUGACUGCAGGUGCAUUCCUCCCUGGAUGCAGACUUACACUGUUUUGAUAUAGCAUAAGAAGAACUGGUCUCACAUUUCCAUAAUUUUCCUUAUAUUUCAGUUGCUUAUCUUCAUUCUCCCUCAGCUUUGUGAUUAAGGGCUGACCCAAGUGCUGUCCAGGCCCCUGCUUGUCUUCUUCCAUGCAGGUGAUGACUGCUGCUGUCAGAGCUCAGGCAGGUCCUAGACACUCCAUGCCAGUAUCCAUGAUGUACCUGGAUUUUGAAGAUUAUUUUGAGAGUGCUAGCAUCUUACCAAUAGGACAGAGUACCUCAUAAAGGCAGGGAUUUUGCUUUCCUUCAAAAAACAGGAUCACAGAUAAUUUAGGUUGAAAUAGACCUCUAAGAUCAUCAAGUCCAACCACUGCCAAGUCUGCCACUAAAUCAUGUUCUUGAGUGUCACAUCUACACAUCUUUUAAAUACCUCCAGGGAUGGUGACUCAACUGCUUCCCUGGGCAGUCUGUUUUAAGCUUGACAGCCCUUUUGUUGAAGAAUUUUUUUCCUAAAAUAAAAAGGCUGUUUUUAACCUGUAUUAUAAAUUGCUAAAAAGGAAUUGGUGCCUUGCAUGGGAAAUAGAGGAUACCCCUUCAGUCUUGAGCAACUUCAGGCCUUUUUUAGCACCUUCUAGGCUGGUGCUGGUAACCAAAUAUUUGCUUAACUUGUUUAUGGAAUGUGUCAAUAAGACAGAGGAAACUGAACAUAUAAGCAAAAUAAUAUGUAAGAGUCAAAGUGUGAAUGCCAAGGGGCCCUCUUACGUUGUCUGGCAAUCUGGCAUUUACCAAAAAGAGGAGCGCUGGGCUCCAGUAACAGUUAAGCACAAAAUCCUAUGGUGCUGCAAAAUCUCUUGUGGUACCUGUCAAAAGUGAUUAGGGAUUGAAUGUAACAAUGAUACAAUAAUAUUGUAGGGUAUAAACAAUCAUUUCUCUUUGUUUUCUUGCAGUGCCAGCAGUUAGGAAAGCAGCACUUCAGCACUUUUUUGGAGCUGUCUUCUUGCUCUUCCGAGAUAAUUACUAUUAGCAAUUUACUGGAAUUUAGCAUUAGGGUAAGAAAAUGGCUUGGGGCAUUAGCUAUUAGAUCAGCCAUAGAUAUGGUUUUAUUGUAAAUACUGAUUGAUUUUUUUUUAGCUCUUUUUGUUAGUAUAAACAGUGAAGAGCAGCAGGGGCUGUAUCCUAACAUUUUCUGUUAACUUUCUUUGAAACAAAGGAAAAUUGUUGUGUGUAAGCAAAUUCUUGCAGUAUUGCAGGAUGCUUGCUGCUCUGUUUUGUUUUCUUUAAUCAAAAUCUGUAUGUUGUGUUUCUGCAGUAGGUUUUCUCCUUUAAACUUGCUUCUGCUACUUGGCAUAGAUGCAUUUGGUACAUUAUUAAAAUUAUGAAGCCUUUAUUGUUUGAAGGAAUUGCACCAUAAUUACUUUAUUUCAAAAUACAUGAAGUUUCAAUUUACAGUUAAAUAAAAUAUUUGCUAUAUAUUGCCUUGUUUAGAAAGUAUGUAUUUCAGUGUUGAUUUCAUUAAAUUGAAACACAGGAUACAUAACAGAAUCACAGUAAAAUUACCUGUGAUGGUAGCAUAUGUUUGUAAAGCACCACAGAAUGUUGUUAUAAAUCUUUACUAUGUUUUCAGUUGACUGCAAUAAAUGAUGACAAAUUCCAGUGGUCUGUAGUGACAGAUAAAUUAAAUGCCUUUUUAUCACCCUUA